AUGGUUCGCACCUCCCAAACCAAAGCCCCCAAGUCCGAGUUCAGCUCGGACAACGACGCCCAGAACAUGAAAAACCCCCUCCAGCCCGGAUCCUCCGAUAUCGACGAGAGAAUGACACACGAUUACAAGGAGGCCAUGGAUGAUCUCCAGGAUACCACUGAUCAGAACAAUGUGCUUUCCGGUGACCGUCUUCGUCACACAAAGCCUCAGUCUUCGACGGCGUACUAUGAGCCUAAUGAGGAUGAGUCCGAGAUCUCGUGGCGUCCUGAUCCGUCGGGCCUUCCAAAGAGGAAUCGUUAG